AUAGUUUACGUGUGCUACCUGCCUAACUAGCAGUUUUUUGCAAUCGCAUUGUUAUCGGCAAUAUUGAUGGAAAUAUGUGACGUGUAGUAUAAAAAACUCGAAGAACUACUCUUUUCGAGCUCAUUUAUAGUUUACUUAUAAAUUUUAGUUUGCAUUGGACACGUGUUAUGAAAAGAAUCAUUCUGCUUUCUAACCUAGUUCAACAAACAAACUAUUUCAAACAAUUUAUUAAUGAAAUUUACUUAUAAGCUUUAAGUCUAAAGAAUAAUUACUAAUUUUUACGUCCGAGUUUUAAAAAGAAUUUUCUGAAAAUGGAUGUACAACGUCACUCGGUUCACACUUUAGUGUUUCGCUCAUUAAAGAGGACCCAUGAUAAUUUUCUGACAAACCAAGGAAUUUUGCCUCCAAUCGAUUCUGAGAUUGAAAAAUUUAAAAUGUCCAUUAAGGCCAAAGAUACAUACGGUACUGUUUUAAGCGCUGUCAACUUAAAUGAAUUAAAGAAAAAGAAGAUCAAUGACGAACACCUAUCUGCUAUUGAGGAUGACACACAGAGCUCUGACAAUUACAGUGGAUCAAUGUCUGUUGUUCCAGUUCAAGAAAGUAAUGCUGUACAAACCAUUACUCCUGUGAAUCCUGUGAAAAAGCCAUUGCCUAUGGCUAAACCAAAGUGGCAUGCACCAUGGAAACUGUACAGAGUAAUCAGUGGACAUCUUGGUUGGGUGCGUUGUUGUGCAGUAGAACCUGGAAAUGAGUUUUUUGCAACUGGCUCAGCAGAUCGCGUGAUUAAAAUUUGGGAUCUUGCCUCAGGCAAGCUAAAAAUUUCCUUGACUGGACAUAUCAGUAGUGUAAGAGGACUGGCAUUCUCUCAAAGACAUCCAUAUCUUUUUUCUUGUGGUGAGGAUCGACAAGUUAAGUGUUGGGAUCUUGAAUAUAAUAAAGUAAUUAGACAUUACCAUGGACACUUGUCAGCAGUAUAUUCAAUGGCUCUACAUCCAACUAUAGAUGUUUUAGUGACAUCUGGUAGAGAUUGCACAGCUAGAGUUUGGGAUAUGCGUUCCAAAGCUAAUGUACAUACUUUGACUGGUCAUUCAAAUACAGUGGCAAGUGUGGUUUGCCAAGUAUAUGAUCCUCAAAUUAUUACUGGUAGUCAUGACAGUACGAUAAGACUAUGGGACUUGGCAGCAGGAAAAUCUAGAGUUACACUAACAAACCACAAAAAGAGUGUGAGAGCAGUAGUAUUGCAUCCUACGCUAAAUACAUUUGCUUCUGCUUCACCAGAUAAUAUUAAACAAUGGAAGAGUGAAGAUGGUAAAUUUAUACAGAAUCUCUCUGGUCACAAUGCCAUUAUAAAUUGUUUAGCUGCCAAUGAAGAUGGUGUGCUAGUUUCUGGAGCAGACAAUGGAAGUAUGUAUUGCUGGGAUUGGAGAACAGGAUAUAAUUUCCAACGAUUGCAAGCUCCAGUUCAGCCUGGAUCUAUGGACUCAGAAGCUGGCAUAUUCAGUAUAACGUUUGAUAUGUCAGGUACUAGAAUGAUAACAACAGAAGCUGAUAAAACUGUAAAGAUGUACAAAGAAGAUGAUUCUGCUUCGGAGGAAACUCAUCCUAUCAGCUGGAAACCAGAUAUCAUUAAAAGAAGGAAAUAUUAAUUUCUAUAUAUUAUUUAUUCAGCAUUCAAAAUUAAAAUCUAUUUAUAAUAAAUCAU